AUGAAUAUUAUGAACAUUAUGCUUCCAUUUUACUCGGGCUUAAUAGUAAUCAAUCGGCUAGUAUCAAAACCGUUAGUUGGAAUGGACGGACGUCUGAAAGUUGGCGACAACAUUGUUGAAAUCGACUCGCGACCGGUUUAUCAAGUCAACGAUGUGUUAUUGGGGAGCCAUCCAUCUACUUCUUCACUUCAUAGCCGACCCAUUCUAUCAGCUCUACAACAGGCGAACACUCAACACAUCGGUCAUACGAAAAUCGUCAGUUUGAAAAAGACAUCGACUGGUUUCGGGUUUACUGUAACUGGAAGAGAGACCGCUAAGGGUGAACGAUUGUUCUACAUCGGAACGGUGAAGCCGAAUGGAGUCGCCUUGGGGCAUUUACGCGCUGGAGAUAGAUUGCUUGAGUUGAAUGGCGAACCAACGGCGGACUUGACGCAAGCCGAAGUCGUGGAUCGAUUGAAAAGAGCAGACGUUGGGGAAAUUGUAUCUUUUUUGGUAUCACGAGUCAUUGAAGGGGAUAACGAGAAGAAGAAGCUAUGGUUUUAUCCAAUGUUUAUGUUUCAGGUCGAACCAUCGACCUCUUCUGAGACGUCCCAAUCGAACUCACAAAUGGAAGAAUUGGAACUUGUGAUUCCUCUCAACGAUACGGGUAGUGCCGGUUUAGGAGUGAGUCUAAAGGCUCGUGUCACGGUUCGCAGUAAUGGUACACGACAGGACUGUGGAAUAUUCAUCAAAAACGUUCUGCACGGAGGAGCAGCACACAAAGACGGUCGCCUCAAAGUCAAUGACAGAAUAGUAGGUAUUGAGGAGCUACGACUGGAUGGCGAGACGAAUGCCACUGCAAGUGAAGCGGUUUCUCGACGCCUCAAGGCGAUUGGGCCGACAGCGAAGCAUGUUUUUCUUCAUUGUUCUACUUCUCAUUCACAAAUUUUUCAUUGCUCUGUUUGCUCACGUGAUACCACUUGUAGGUUGGAUGAGUCAGAUUUGGCGAAUGCCACUGGUGUAUUCAAUCGUGAAGCCCCGUCACGGAAAAGUAUGAGCGAAAAACGCGGCAUGGGUGCGUCUAUUGACCCACAUCACAUCAAAAUCUUCCAAGAUAUCAAACAUCAACGAGAAACAAGUGUUUUUCUUCUCUUCUACAAUGGCUAUCUCAAAGUUCGAACUGUAUUAGCUCUACCAGAAUCACAAGUUGUACUGAAACAACGUUCAACAAGUCGCGACAAGGAUAAACAACGACGUAAAAGUUUAGGAGGGUACGUGGUGAAGAGUCAUUUCGGAGUUUUUAAUUGCUAUUCUUCACAGAGAACCGACACGAAAACAGAAGAACAUUGCUGUAUUGUUAUUAUGAAAAUCGGAGAAUCUUUUCUCAGGUUUAUCUCUGAUUCUAUUCACUUUCGGUGGUUUUUAUUUCCAAGAUGUUUGCAGUUUUGUUCAUCAAUUCACCUAUGUUACUACGGCUACCAAUCUACGAUUCCAAUUGUGUUUACACUAUUAGGAUUUGAUUUCAGCUCAGGAACCUUCCAUGGUAACCCCAUCCCUAUUGGAUGCCCACCAUAUAAAGCAUUUGUCGAGUAUGGACCAGAAUACCGACCUCAACGAUCGCCAUCUGGCCACGUGCCCGACUACUAUCGCAUGUUCAACUCUUGGUUCGCUUACAGUGGAGAAGGAGUCGGAGGAGCGCCAAUCAUCAAAAUUUGGAGUCUUUUGGUACGAGGACGAAGUUUUUUCGUGUGA